AUGGAAAACAUGUCAGAGGAAACCCACGGCGAAAUGACGGAUCCACAGCACGUCCACCUAAGGUAAGGAGAAAAAAACGGUUCAAGGGGUCCCUGUGUGAAGGUGUUUCUAUAAAACCGCGCCUCAACCUUUUUCUUUCUGCUCCUUUUCAUUCACAUGAAAAAUUUUUCCUUGUUUGUAUUGAAUGUGUCAUAUACUAACAGACUGAAAUAAAGUAUGUACACAGCGCCCUAACUUUAUUGAAAUGAAGUCAUGUGUUUGGAGGUUAAGGCUCUGUUUGUGUAGAUACCAACAGUUUGGGUCGGGUCAGAACUGCUGACAUUCAUACAGCUCAUUCAGACGACUCAGAGAAUGAGAGUAUUUGGAAUUUUCCAAUAUUUAUCAUGUCUCAGAUUUGUGCACAUCAGUUUGUGAAUGACAGAUAUUGUACAGAAAGACUUAGCUUUCAGACCCUUUACAACAAGAUCUUCAGUGCUUCUCAUCUUUUUCUUUUAGCUUCCCAUCUGAAAGCUCUGUGGAGGAAAUGGCUCAAGACAGACCAGAUCAAGAUGAGACAGAGAAAACGGAGAUUGAUAACAGCAUCAUACAGAGACUUCAAGACAGACCAGAUCAAGAUGAGACAGAGAAAAAGGAGAUUGAUAACCGAAUCAUACAGAGACUUCAAUCUGGCUGGAUAGGCACUCUUCAUGUCGUUUUCCUGGUGCUGCUUUUAGUCCUAAUCACUGUCAUUGUUGGCCUGAGCAUCAAUGUUAAGCAGUUACAGAAAGAAAGGAGUCAGCUGAGACAGCUUCUAGAAUCAACACACAUGGGACUGAACCACACCAUGGAAGUAAAUCAAAAAGUGAGCCAGAGUCUGAACUUCACCGUGGAAGAAAAUCAAAAACUGAGGCUGAGUCUGAACUACACCAUGGAAGAGAAUCUGAACCUGAGCCUGAGUCUGAACAACACCAUGGAAGAAAAUCAGAAAUUGAGCAGAAGACUAAACUACACCAUGGAAGAUAAUCAGAAAUUGAGCCUGAGUCUGAACUACACCAUGGAAGAUAAUCUGAAACUGAGCCGAAGACUCAACCACACCAAGGAAGAAAAUCAAAAACUGAGCCUGAGUCUGAGCUACUCCAUGGAAGAAAAUCAGAGACUGAGCCGAAGACUAAACCACACCAUGGAAGUAAAUCAAAAAGUGAGCCAGAGUCUGAACUUCACCGUGGAAGAAAAUCAAAAACUGAGGCUGAGUCUGAACUACACCAUGGAGGAGAAUCUGAACCUGAGCCAGAGUCUGAACAACACCAUGGAAGAAAAUCAGGAAUUGAGCAGAAGACUAAACUACACCAUGGAAGAUAAUCAGAAAUUGAGCCUGAGUCUGAACUACACCAUGGAAGAUAAUCUGAAACUGAGCCGAAGACUCAACCACACCAAGGAAGAAAAUCAAAAACUGAGCCUGAGUCUGAGCUACUCCAUGGAAGAAAAUCAGAGACUGAGCCGAAGACUAAACCACACCAUGGAAGUAAAUCAAAAAGUGAGCCAGAGUCUGAACUUCACCGUGGAAGAAAAUCAAAAACUGAGGCUGAGUCUGAACUACACCAUGGAGGAGAAUCUGAACCUGAGCCUGAGUCUGAACAACACCAUGGAAGAAAAUCAGAAAUUGAGCAGAAGACUAAACUACACCAUGGAAGAGAAUCUGAAUCUGAGCCAAAGAUUAAACCACACCAAGGAAGAAAAUCAAAAACUGAGGCUGAGUCUGAACUACACCAUGGAAGAGAAUCUGAACCUGAGCCUGAGUCUGAACAGCACCAAGGAAGAAAAUCAAAAACUGAGCCUGAGUCUGAGCUACUCCAUGGAAGAAAAUCAGAGACUGAGCCGAAGACUUAACCACACCAUGGCAGAAAAGUCACAGCUUCAAGUGCAGAUUGAGGAGAUGAAAAUCAUAUUGAAUUCUACUAUGGAAAACCGUGACUCUUUCAGAAAAGACAAAAUCAAAUAUCAACAGCUUUUGAUCAAUGAAAGGCAGACCUCAACUCAACUAAAAGCUGAAAAUCAACGUCAACAAUCAAUUCUGAUGUCGGAGAAACUAUCUUUCCUCUGGAGAUUCUGUGAUAAAGGCACCCUGCAAUGUUCACGCUGCCUUCCUGGUUGGGCUGAGCACGCCACACGCUGCUUCCAUUUGGCAUCACAACCAAUGAAGUGGGAAGAUGCUCGUAGGGAGUGUUUUAAUGAAGGUGCUGACCUGGCUGUUGUCUUGAAUGCUGCAGACCAGGCAUUUCUGACCAACAUGACUUUCCAGUUUACACAGCAGCAUCCAAAUGUACUGUUCCAUUCAGCAUGGAUCGGGUUGCAGGACAUGGUGCAGGAUAACAGAUUUGUGUGGGUAAAUGGUAUCAAGUCCAAGUCAGAUUUGAAGUUCUGGAUGCCUGGAGAGCCAAACAAUGCUGCGGCUCAAUGGGACAAAGACCGUGCAGGACAGGACUGUGUUGUCAUUGUCCCUCCAAAGACUGUUGGACAGAAAGGCUGGCUGAACUCCUGGGAUGAUGUUGUCUGUCGAGGCCAGCGGCACUACAUUUGUGAAACCAAAGCUCUUAUUUUGUCUGGAGUAAAAACUGAGGAAUGA